GGGCGGAGGGAAGAGAGGGCGGGCGGGAGGUGCCGGCGCCAGACGCGGAGGAAGGAGCUGCGACCAGCCGCCGAGGGGCCGCGGAGCCCCCGACGACCGAGCCAGCCGAGCCGCCGCCGCCGCCGCCGCCGCGCCCAUGGCGGCCGCCAAGGACACUCACGAGGACCACGACACCUCCACCGAGAAUGCCGACGAGUCCAACCAUGACCCCCAGUUUGAACCAAUAGUUUCUCUUCCUGAACAAGAAAUUAAAACGCUGGAAGAAGAUGAAGAGGAACUUUUUAAAAUGCGGGCCAAGCUGUUCCGGUUCGCUUCAGAGAACGACCUCCCGGAGUGGAAGGAGCGGGGCACCGGGGACGUCAAGCUGCUGAAGCACAAGGAGAAGGGGACCAUCCGCCUCCUCAUGCGCAGGGACAAGACCCUCAAGAUCUGCGCCAACCACUACAUCACGCCGAUGAUGGAGCUGAAGCCGAACGCAGGCAGUGACCGUGCCUGGGUCUGGAAUACCCACGCAGACUUCGCCGACGAGUGCCCCAAGCAGGAGCUGCUGGCCAUCCGCUUCCUUAACGCCGAGAAUGCACAGAAAUUCAAAACGAAGUUUGAAGAAUGCAGGAAAGAGAUUGAAGAGAGAGAAAAGAAAGGAUCUGGCAAAAAUGAUAGUGCCGAGAAAGUAGCUGAGAAGCUAGAAGCUCUUUCGGUGAAGGAGGGCAAGGAGCCCAAGAACGAGACCAAGAAGGUGGCUGAGGAGGAGCAAUGAGUCGGCUCCCGUUGUGUUCUUUCUCCCUGUCUUCUCCCUUUUUCUUUUUUUAAAUUUUGCCCUGCACCCUUCUUUUUGUUUUGUUUUUAUUCUGUUUUGUUUUUACAAGGGACUUUAUAUAAAGAACUGACUUCCAACAUUCAGGUUGUUUUUUUCUAAGUUUUUGCCCUAAUGAAGACGACUUCAGAAAAUCCAUUACCCAGUCGUGAGAAUGUACUGUGCUAACUUUCUUUUCCAUAGUGGAAACACUUAUUUAUAGUCAUCAAAAUAGCAAAUAAACAACACGUUUGAAACUUG